UUUUUUAAAAAUUUAUCUUUAUCAUUGAAAGUAUUACUGAUGUCCCUUUUCCCCCCUCAGUUACCCUCUCCACCCUGAAUCUGCCCCACCCCCCCAGGCCUUCACCACGCUUUUGUUCUAAUUCUGUUUAUGAGAAAGAAAUGUGUGUUGUAACAUCUUAGAAAUCACAUUUUUAUGAUCUUAAUUAGAAUCUUUUCUUUCUACAGAAAUAGGAAGGUUGUCGAUUAUUCACAGUUUCAAGAAUCUGAUGAUGCUGAUGAAGAUUACGGAAGAGAUUCGGGCCCUCCAGCUAAGAAAAUUCGAUCAUCUCCACGAGAAGCUAAAAAUAAGAGGCGAUCUGGAAAGAAUUCACAGGAAGAUAGUGAAGACUCAGAAGAAAAAGAUGUGAAGACCAAGAAGGAUGAUUCUCACUCAGCAGAGGACAGUGAAGAUGAAAAAGAAGAUCAUAAAAAUGUGCGCCAGCAACGGCAGGCAGCCUCUAAAGCAGCUUCGAAGCAGAGAGAGAUGCUCCUGGAGGAUGCGGGCAGCGAGGAGGAGCCCGAGGAGGAGGACGAGGCGCCCUUCCCGGAGAAAGAUUCCGGCAGCGAUGAAGACUUUCUAAUGGAAGACGAUGAUGAUAGUGACUACGGCAGUUCUAAAAAGAAAAAUAAAAAGAUGGUUAAGAAGCCCAAACCCGAGAGAAAAGAAAAGAAAAUGCCCAAACCAAGGCUAAAGGCUACAGUGACGCCAAGUCCUGUGAAAGGCAAAGGGAAAGUGGGUCGCCCCACAGCGUCAAAGGUAUCAAAGGAAAAGACUCCUUCUCCCAAAGAAGAUGAGGAGCCCGAGAGCCCUCCAGAGAAGAAAGCCUCUGCCAGCCCUGCCCCUGAGAAGUCUGGGGAUGAGGGGUCUGAAGAUGACGCCCCAUCUGGGGAGGAUUAAAAGUGAUGAUGGUUUGGCAGAGAUUUUAUUUAAAAAAAAAAGGAAAAAAAAUGGAAAAAAAGAAAAAAGGGGGGCAAAAAAAGAAAACCUACAUAAGAUAGAACAUGGUUUUGGCUAUGGCUUUGACUCGUGGGCUUUCAGUGCUUUUUUUUCCUUUUGUUGAAAAUAACAUUUUCUCUCUCUUUUUUUUAAUUAUUUUUUUUUAUUAAGAAAACCUAUGUAUGUUUAAUUUACCUUUUUGUCGAUUGGUCUUUUCUUUGCCACCGCCCUCUCUUCCCUCCCUUCAAUGAAAGCCGUGUCAAAUUAAUCACUGGAUUGACUGCUUCAUCUUUUUAUUUUUAAAGGAUGGUAUACCACAGUUGUAAAGCAAUAAGAUUUGAGAUGAACACUAUGGAAAUGUUGCUUUUUGCUAAACAGUAGCAAGUUGAGCAGUAAUCAAAAAAACAUAGAAGGGUUUUAGUUAAAAAGGAUUGCUUCUUUCUCUACUUGGACUUUUAAAAAAAUAAGUUGUCAUCUAAUACAAGUUUAUUUCUUUCUUUGGGGGCAGGGCAGGUAGUGAAUUACCUGACCUUGUUUGAGAGUGUGGGUUUUUGUUUUUUUUCAUUUCAUCAUUUGUUAUCUCAAAGAGAUUCAGAGCCAGUGAUCUUUUUAUUCUAUAAUCUUUAAGGAAUUUUAAAAAAAAGAGAAAAGAAAAAACAAGGACCGCCAAAACUUAAAUCACGCUUAAUUUCCUAUUUUAUUCUCUAAUGGUUCAUGUUUUAAAGUAUAUAUGUAUCCUGUUUCCUGGAUAAAUUUUUACCAAGGGUAAAAAAAAAACAACUUAAAAUUUAAAUGGCAAGAUUGAUAUAUCACAGUGGAUUUCUUCUCAAACUGACAAUGUUUAGGUUUUAAGCAAAUAAACUACCGGUUAAUGUGAAACUCAUUCACAAAGACUUGAGAUUUUUUUUUUUCCGUUAUGAAAGCAGAGAAUUGAAAUUCUUCAAUGCCAUAAACUUGUAUGCAUUCAGAUUCCAUGAACUGUGCUCUGUUUUUAUUUGGGGAUAGAACAUUUUCCUCAUACACAUCUCUUCCCAUUUCUUCAUAGAAGCAUGGUAUGAAGUGCAUCUCGGCUUUCUGCUACUACGUAGGAUGCCGCUGCACCCCUACCC